AGUUGCACACUUGCACUAUGCUGUGUUUACGGAACCAACGCGGGACAACUCGCUAAGCGUGAAGCCCCGAUAUCCAACAGUUACCUCCCACCUAGUGGUGGUAACGGAGGAUUUGGAGGAUACAAAAGUGGAGGAGGCGGUGGAUUUGGAGGAGGAGGUGGAGGUGGAUUCGGAGGUGGUGGUGGGUUCGGAGGUGGUGGUGGAUUCGGAGGUGGACCAUCCAGCUCUUACGGAGCACCCCCUGCAGGACCACCAUCUUCAAGUUACGGGGCCCCUCCUUCAAUUCCUUCUCCUAGCUAUGGGGCACCCCCUUCUCCUAGUUAUGGAGCGCCUCCGUCACCUACCUAUGGAGCACCUUCUGGAGGAAGUGGUUUCGGUGGAGGUGGUGGCGGCGGAUUUGGCGGAGGAUUUGGGGGUGGAUUUGGAGGUGGAUUCGGCGGUGGAAAGAAUGGAGGUGGUGGAGGCAUCUCAAGCAGCUACGGGGCUCCUUCAGCAGCACCUUCUUCAUCUUACGGAGCUCCCCCGUCUCCAUCAUACGGUGCUCCUCCAUCCAUACCAUCCCCAUCAUAUGGUGCCCCUCCAUCGAUUCCUUCCCCUAGCUAUGGGGCUCCCCCAUCGCCCUCCUACGGUGCUCCAAAUGGUAAUGGACGAGGUAAUGGCAGAGGACAUGGAAACGGCAGAGGCAAAAAUGGCGGAGGAAGACCAUCGGGAAGCUACUUACCACCUUCAACAAGCUACGGAACCCCAAUAGGGCCCACCCUUUCCUCACAUGGCAACGGUAAAGGUAAUGGAGGCUUCUCAUCUGGUCCAUCUUCAUCAUACGGUGCUCCUCCUGCUGGUCCUCCAAGCUCGUCAUACGGAGCUCCACCCUCUGGUCCACCAAGCUCAUCCUACGGUGCUCCUCCGGCUGGUCCUCCAAGUUCGUCAUAUGGCGCUCCCCCCUCAGGUCCUCCAAGUUCGUCAUACGGCGCUCCUCCUGCUGGUCGUCCGAGUUCAUCUUACGGUGCGCCUCCUGCUAGCCCUCCAAGUUCGUCAUACGGCGCUCCUCCCUCUAGACCCCCAAGUUCAUCGUAUGGUGCUCCUCCAGUAGGACCUCCAAGUUCUUCUUAUGGUGCCCCAACGUCCGGUGGAGGAGGUGGUUAUAGUUCUGGAGGAAAUGGUUAUAGUUCUGGAGGAAGUGGUUAUAGUUCUGGAGGAGGUGGUUAUAGCUCUGGAGGAGGUGGUUAUAGUUCUGGAGUAGGUGGUUAUAGUUCUGGAGGAGGUGGUUAUAGUUCUGGAGGAGGUGGUUAUAGUUCUGGAGGAGGUUAUAGUUCUGGAGGCAACGGUUUCGGAAAUGGCGGUGGAGGUGGAGGAGGUGGCUACAGUUCAGGUGGAAAUGGAGGUGGUCAAGGUUACGCCAGCAACGGAGGUUAUUCGUACUAAAAAGUUCAGAAGAAACGACCUUAUACAUUUUGUAAAUAAGUAGAUUUAUUUAUUUAUUAGAGCUAUCCGCAGUAUUACCAUUUAAUGUAAUUUUUGAUACUUGAAAUAAAAUUUUUAG